CUACUUUAAAAAAUGAAGUGUCUCGUUUUUUCAAUCCUGCUCUGUGCGGGCACGAUUUUCUGCAGUGCUGAAGCCAAGCUAGAAGAAAGAUUUUCAUGGAAGCAAUUGGAGUUUGAAUGGCCAAGUGAGCAAGCUGAAAAAGAAGCCAUAAGUACCGGUCACUAUGUGCCCGAGAACAAUUUGCCAUUGGGUUUGGAGCGUUGGAAUAACAAAUUAUUUGUCACUGUGCCAAGAUGGAAGGCCGGUGUUGCUGCCUCACUCAAUUAUAUAGAUCUUAACUCAGCCGAUAAAUCUCCGAAACUACGCCCUUACCCCAGCUGGGCCACUAAUACACUACCCAUCGAUGUUCAGCCACAAGAAGGUAAAACACCAGCUGGUGGUCGCUUGGAUGCAGACAAAGCGCUACCAACCGAAACCGAAUUAAAGGAUAAUGCUACCAUUAUUUCCACUUUCCGCAUACAAGUUGACGCCUGCGAUCGCCUAUGGGUGUUGGAUACCGGACUUGCAGAUAUUUUGGGUAGUCCCAAGCAAAUCACACCGAAUGCUAUCGUUAUAUUCGACUUGAAAACGGAUCAGCUAGUGCGACGUUUCGCCAUUCCAAAAGAGCAAACAAAAGAGGAUACUUUCUUCGCUAAUAUUGUGAUUGAUUCUGAUCGCAAUGAUUGCAAUAAUGCCUACGCCUAUAUACCCGACUUGGGUGCUUAUGGUCUCAUAGUUUAUUCAUUACGCGACAAUCACUCGUACCGCGUCAAGCACAAUUUCUUCCAUUUCGAUCCAUUGCAAGGUGAUUUCAAUGUUGGUGGCGUCAAUUUCCAAUGGACCGAUGGCAUAUUCGGUCUCGCUAUUGGUCCUACGAACCCUGACCAGACUAAAGAUAUAUAUUUCCAUGCUUUGGCCAGCACCAAGGAGUUCAAGGUUUCGAAUCGUGUGUUACAAAAUGAAACUCAUGUGACAAGUCCCGCAGCUUAUUACGAUUUCAAAUUUGUUGGUGAUCGUGGCAUGAAUGGACAAUCAACAGCGGAAGUGUACGACAAAGAGACUGGUGUUCUAUUCUAUACUCAAGUAAAUAAGGACGCCAUUGCCUGUUGGAAUGUAAAUCGUCCAUAUGAUUCGGAAUCACAAGGCCUUAUCGAUUCCGAUUCACAUACGCUUGUGUUCCCCAACGAUAUGAAAAUCGACAAUGAAGGUACAAUAUGGGUGCUCUCAGACAAGAUGCCUUUGUAUUUGUACAAAGAAUUGGAUCCAGCAGCAGUAAACUAUCGCAUUUUAAGCGGCAACAAUCGUGAUCUAAUCAAGGGCACGCCAUGUGAAGUGCCAGAGGAGUCAAAGCGAUAUCUUUGAAUAUCCAUUUGUGGGAAAGAAGUAAUGCAGAAAAAACUAUCCUCCGGUAGACGACGUCGUAUGGAUGAUACUUUCACUGUUGCAGCUGAACACAUUUACAUUUAAGUACAUAUUUGUGUAAUACAAACAUUAAAAUGCACAUUUCAAUGCACAAUAGAUUUUAAGUUAUUUUUAUAUGCAAAUACUUUUGCAUCUACUAUUUUUCAUUUUAAAAAUGUUUAUAUACACGAAUUGUGAUUUCAAGCAGCAAUAAAAAUUUAUUAUAUUUUAAAAAGGAAA